UUUCAUGUUAUUAUCUCCUAAAUUAUCUAUUUGAACUCUGUUGAUAUAUUUAAAAUAUCAACAGAUGUUUUUAAAAAUUAAAACAAAAUUCAAUUGGAGCGCAUUUGGACCAAGCCACCACACCUGAAACAGAAAGAAGAAGUAGAAGCAACUGUUUACUAUUUAUUAGCUGCUUCUGAACAUUCAGUGUUACAUCCAGCAUCUCAUGAGGAACAAGGUUCGACCAAACCAGCUAUGGAAUCCUUAUUAAACUUUACUUAUGAAUAUGACCAGGACUAUGAGGAUGAAGUCUGUGACAAAAGUGAAGUGGUUAAAUUUGGAUCCAUCGCCAUUCCAAUUUUCUUUUCUAUCGUCAUCACUCUGAGUCUCACAGGAAACAUCCUCGUCCUUGUCAUUUUGGCUUUGUAUGAAAACAUGAAAUCUCUGACCAACAUCUUCAUUGCCAACCUUGCCGUCUCUGACCUUGUCUUCACUAUUGGUCUCCCCUUCUGGGCCAUCUACGACGUCUGGGGAUGGGUGUUUUCAGAGACUGCCUGCAAGAUUGUGCAUUUUGUCUUUUUCACUGGGUUUUACAGUAGCGUCCUCUUUCUGACCAUCAUGACCAUCUACAGGUAUUUGGUUGUGGUCCACCCGCUCUCUGACAUGAGUUCUCUAAAACUUGGGACUGGCUUUUUUCUGUCUGUCCUCAUGUGGAUGAUCAGCAUUGGAGCAGCCAUGCCAUCCUUGCUACAAACUGCUCUCGUCUCAGUCCAUCACAAUGGUACACACUCCUUGGGCUGUGAAUAUAAAGACAUGCAAUGGAAAAUCAUUGGUAUGUCCCAGCAGAAUGUUUUCUUCUUGGUUGCAUUUGCAGUGAUUGGUUUCUGUUACAUUCAGAUUUUAAAGAGGAUCACCAGAACAAAGUCCCGCACAAAGAACAGGGCAAUAAAAUUAGUUUUUUGCAUUGUGGCCGUCUUUUUCAUAGGCUGGGUGCCUUACAACAUGGUGAUCUUUUUGAGAGUUUUACAUCACAGUGACGUUCAGCCAUUUAAUGAUUGUGAUAUUAGUAUCCAGCUUGACUAUGCCUUUUACAUUUCUCGACUGAUUGCUUUCUCUCAUUGCUGCUUGAACCCUGUCUUCUAUGCAUUUGUUGGUGUGACGUUCAGAAAUCAUUUAAAGUCACUGCUGCAUCGAAUGUUCAGCCGCCCGAGUCCAGUUCAUGAUCAGGAAAUGAGAAUGCAGAAUCUUGUAUCACGUGGCACAAUGUACUAGAUGCAAAUAUAUUCAUCCUUCAAUAUUAGAUUAGAUUGUUUUAUGUUUCCAUGUUUAUGAUUUAAAAAUAAGUAGAUUGUUUUUAAGCUAUAUGGUCUGUCAUGUUAAGAGAAAGUGCUCCAUAGUCGACCUUUUGAAACAACCUUUUCAGCUGUCUGAAGUUUUUCAUGACUAAUGCAUGUUGGACAACAUGGGGGUCUUAUUGCUUUAUUUGAUAUAGUGCAGGUCUUGAAUAGAUUUGAAGUGCUGUCUUAAAUAAAUCAAAUCCUUUACAUAACAGUCAAAAGAGGGAAAACAGGAACUGAUAACAAAUAUGUAUGUAUUGCAUUACUCAACCAAGCAAUUAAUAUCUGCAGGCUUGUAAAAAUACUGAGUUUGUCCCACUGUUUCUCAUUUUAGAAUAAAAAUGUAAAUUAUCCUUUACCUUGAAUUAAGCUUUUAGCUUA